AUGAAGUGUGCCAACGAGACGGUGACAAUUGAGCUCAAAAAUGGCACCAUUGUCCACGGUACCAUCACCUCCGUCUCGCCGCAGAUGAACACGGCGCUGCGCACCGUCAAGAUGACGCCAAAGGGCCAGGAUGCUGUGUCCCUUGACACCAUGAACAUUCGCGGCUCUACGAUCCGAUACUUUAUCCUACCAGACUCCCUGCCGCUAGACACGCUCCUUAUCGACGACGCGCCGAAACCCAAGAACAAGGCGCGAAAGGAGGCUGAGCGUGGCGGCCGCGGAGGCAGGGGUGGCCCGAGAGGACGCGGCCGUGGCCGGGGACGUGGUCGCGGUCGGGGUUAG